GGCUUCGCUUUCUGCGCCCCCUUGCUCCUACGUGUCUGGAGAGGUUGCAGUCGCUGCAGUUGGGGCUCCGACCGAAGGCAAGUCCUGGGAGCCCCGGAAGGACAGUGCCGUGAGGCUCGGCCAGCUGGACAGCAGGCGCCCUAAGAACGGCCAUUGGAUGUUUGUUUGUUACUAAUGGGUGUCAGCAAGUUAGAUAUUCUAUACCGGAGACUUCUCCUCACAAAACUUUUUAUCAGAGGAUGGGGGAGGCCAGAGGAUCUCAAAAGACUCUUCGAAUUCAGAAAGAUGAUUGGAAAUCGAGAAAGAUGUCAGAAUCUGGUUUCAAGUGAUUACCCAGUACACAUUGAUAAGAUUGAAGAGCAGUCAGACUGUAAGAUCCUAGAUGGACACUUUGUUUCCCCCAUGGCCCACUAUGUGCCUGAUAUAAUGCCAAUUGAAUCUGUUAUUGCAAGGUUCCAACUUAUUGUUCCUAAGGAGUGGAACAGCAAAUAUAAACCUGUAUGCAUUCAUCUUGCUGGAACAGGAGAUCAUCAUUACUGGAGACGACGAACACUAAUGGCUCGUCCUAUGAUUAAAGAAGCCCGAAUGGCUUCUUUGUUGCUAGAAAACCCUUAUUAUGGCUGCAGGAAACCCAAGGACCAAAUAAGGUCCAGCCUAAAAAACGUGUCUGACCUUUUUGUGAUGGGAGGAGCUCUUGUUUUAGAAUCUGCAGCUCUCUUGCACUGGCUAGAGAGAGAGGGUUAUGGACCUCUAGGAAUGACCGGAAUAUCCAUGGGAGGACAUAUGGCUUCCUUAGCAGUAUCCAACUGGCCUAAGCCCAUGCCAUUGAUCCCAUGCCUGUCUUGGUCCACAGCAUCUGGAGUCUUCACUACGGGUGUGCUAAGUAAAUCGAUUAAUUGGAGGGAGCUGGAAAAGCAGUAUUAUACACAGACAGUUUAUGAAGAAGAAAUUAUUCACAUGCUUGAAUAUUGUGGAACAGAUUCUUUCAAAAUGGGACAAGAGUUUGUGAAACGCUUCCCUAUUGGUGCAGACAAGCUAACUAACCUUAAUCUGGUGUCUAGAACUUUAAAUUUAGAUAUGACAGACCAAGUUGUAUCCCAAAAACCUAGUGACUACCAUCAAUCUAAUAAAACAUCUAUCAGUGCCACAUCAGAAGGACUCUUGUUGCAAGAUACCUCUAAGAUGGAGUGCUUCAAUCAAACACUUUCACCCAAUAAAAGUAGUUAUACAAGCUGUGGCCCUCAGUCAUAUCACCUACUCAGUAAAGAACAAAGAAGAAAUAAUCUUCAGAAAGAAUCUUUAAUAUUCAUGAAAGGAGUCAUGGAUGAAUGUACUCAUGUGGCAAAUUUCUCAGUUCCAGUUGACCCAAGCCUCAUUAUAGUGGUUCAAGCCAAAGAAGAUGCCUACAUUCCACGAACAGGAGUUCGAAGUCUACAAGAAAUCUGGCCCGGUUGUGAAAUCCGGUAUCUAGAAGGGGGUCAUAUUAGUGCUUAUCUUUUUAAACAAGGACUCUUCAGACGUGCCAUCUAUGAUGCAUUUGAACGCUUCCUCCAUAAAUAUGCUAACUAAUUGGAUCACUGUAUAUAACCAGUAUGGCCAUCAUAUUGUUUACAAAAGGAGUUUCAUCCUUUGAUGAUGUGAAGAACAAGCAGACAGCACUAAAUAUCUAAUUUGUAUUAAUUUAGUCUGGAACUCAUAUAAAUCAGUCAUUAACAAUCUUUAAAUACAUUUAAAUAAUUUUAAACCAAUAUUUGGAUGAAAUAAUGUUGAAAUAUUUUGUUACUGUUUUGUGGGAAUCCCAUAUACUCAAUGUCUAGUCUGUUGUUGCUAUUUAUGAAAACUUUAACUUUUUAAUUGUGAAUAAUUUAUUAAUUAAGAUAAAUUUAUUCAUUGAAGCCCUAUUGGUUUUUAAAGAACUGCUAAAUCAAACUAAGUUUGUAAUAACAUCAGCCUGUAUUGUAUACCCUUAUGUGAUAGUUCUACUAUUGACUUGAUUUGAGAACAUGUUUCUUUCCUUUUAUGAUUCAUAGUGAAUUUAUAAUCUUAUUUUCAAUUUAAUCUCUGCCAUGGAAAUACUUCAUGGUGUGUAAAACGCAGUGUUAACUUUGAAUUCUAAAAAAUUCCUAAUGGCGUCAUACAUAAGUGGUUUUAAUAAUUAAAACAAAUUGGGAAUGCAAAUAAGAUGCAUAUGACUUGGCUGUACUUUGAGACUUUGCCAAAUACUAGGUUAGAAAACAAUGCCAAACCUAUUUCCCCUAAUUAAAAAGUGUCAGUUCAUCAAAAAUGGAAAUAAUGAAAGACUUACUGCAUUACUUGAUACUGUGUCUUAACAUUUUCUUGUAUACCUACUCUGGGUUUCCUAAAUAUCUAACUUUAGUUAGAUACACUUAAACAGCUUUGGCUUUUAAUUUCAGAAAUUAAAGGCCAUAUAUGAAAUUGAUUUGUUCCAUAUGAGUUUAUUUUACAGAAAAGUUAUAGUAACUACUAACUUUUUUAAGGGAAAGAUUAUAUGGCUAGAUUUGGUGCUGUGCUUUCGUUUUAUGUUAAGCUUCUCAAGCUAAGAUCUAAAAUGUUUGAAAAAAGUAGAAAGUAUUUUUGAGUAUUGUAUCAAGGUUUGGAAUAAAUGUACUUGAGUUUUAUUUGUUUGAAA